GAAGGUGCUAGAAACAGCAGCUGCCCAUCUUCUGUCAUUCUCUGGCAUGAUUCGGAAUCCAGGAUGGCCUGUGCAUACAGUAGGAGUCCACUAAAUGUUUCACCCAAGGCACGCAAACCCAGAUACUGAGAGACACUGCUUCCUGCUAGGGUCCUGGCUCCUCCACAUGGAUAUGAGGGAUGGUCCCUGGGCCAGCACAUGUGUCUUUGGUCUUUCAGGGGUCAGUGACCUUCCAGGAUGUGGCCGUGGACUUCACCUGGGAGGAGUGGGGGCACCUGUGCCCUGCCCAGAAGGAGCUAUACCAGAAGGUGAUGCUGGAGAACUACAGGAACCUGGUCUGCCUGGGGCUUGCCGUUUCCAGUCCGGACACCAUCUGUCAGCUGGAGAAAGGGGAAGGACCUUGGAUGCCCAAGGGAGAUGUCCCAGGAAGCAGCUGUGCAGGUUGGGAAACUACACCCAAAAACAAGGAGCCCUUGCCAAAACUGGGCCUUGCUAUUGAAGAAUCAUUUCAGGAAGGACUGACAGGGCAUGGUCUCUGUGUCUCCAGGAUGAGGGAAGCCUGGAAACUUAAUGCCAUUUUAGAUAAACAGCAGGAGAGUGAGGAGAAAGGUCUCCAUAAAUUGGACAUACUUAAAAAGGGCAAGUAUAAUGAAUGUUGGAAACCCUCUGGAGCUCUAUUUGGCUUUGCUGCGUAUCACACAUUUCAUACUGCAAAGAAACCAUAUGAAUGUCAUGGAUGUAGGAAGGCCUUCCGAUGGCGUUCACAGCUUGCUGAACAUCAGCUAAUUCAUACAGGGGAGAAACCUUAUGAAUGUGAUGUAUGUGGGAAGGCUUUCUGCCGAAAUUCACAGCUUACUCAACAUCAGACAGUUCACACUGGAGAGAAACCUUAUGAAUGCAAUGAAUGUGGGAAGUUGUUCCGCCUUAGCACACAGCUUACUCAACAUCAGAGAAUUCAUACUGGAGAGAAACCUUAUGAGUGUAAUGAAUGUGGCAAGGCCUUCCGUCAGAGCAUACAACUGACUCGACAUAAGAGAAUUCAUACCGGAGAGAGAGCUUAUGAAUGUAAUGACUGUGGGAAGGCCUUUUGCCAAAAAACAGGACUUACUCAGCAUCAGCGAAUUCAUAGUGGAGAGAAACCUUACAAAUGUAAUCAAUGUGGGAAGACCUUUUGCCAAAGUUCUCAGCUUACUCGACAUCAGAAAAUUCAUACGGGAGAAAGAGCUUAUGAAUGUAAUAUCUGUGGGAAGGCCUUUUGCCAGAGAACAGGACUUACUCAGCAUCAGAGAAUUCAUAGUGGAGAAAAACCUUAUGAAUGUAAUCAAUGUGGGAAGACUUUCUGCCAGAGCUCACAACUUAGUCGACAUGAGAAAAUUCAUACUGGAGAAAAACCUUAUGAAUGCAAUCAAUGUAAAAAGGCCUUCAUUCGAAGGGCAGAUCUAAAACAACAUAACCGAAUUCAUACUGGAGAGAAACCUUUUGAAUGUAAUGAAUGUGGGAAGGCCUUCCAUCAGAGAACAGGACUUACUGAACAUCAGAGAAUUCAUACAGGAGAGAAAACUUAUGAAUGCAACGAAUGUAGGAAAGCCUUCAGUCGUAGAGCAGAUCUCAAACAACACAAUAGAAUUCAUACUGGAGAGAAACCUUUUGGUUGUAAUGAAUGUGGAAAGGCAUUCCGUCUGAUCACAGGACUUGCUGAACAUCAACGAAUUCAUACUGGUGAAAAACCUUUUGAGUGUAAUGAAUGUGGGAAGGCCUUCCGCCUAAUCACUGGUCUUGCAGAACAUCAGCGAAUUCAUACUGGAGAGAAACCAUAUGAAUGUAAGGAAUGUGGGAAGGCUUUCAGCCAGAGCACACAACUUAACAGACACCAGAGAAUUCAUACUGAAGAGAAACCAUAUGAAUGCAGAGAAUGUGGGAAGACCUUCCGUCAGAGAGCUCACCUUACACAACAUCAGACAGUUCAUACUGGAGAGAAGCCUUAUGAAUGUAAUGAAUGUGGAAAGGCUUUUAGGCAAAGUAUAGGACUUAUUGGACAUCUGAGAAUUCAUACAGGAGAGAAACCUUAUGAAUGCAAUGAAUGUGGGAAGGCCUUCCGCCUGAUUACAGGACUUACUGAACAUCAGAGAAUUCACACUGGAGAGAAACCAUAUGAAUGCAAUGAAUGUGGGAAGGCUUUCACCAAGCGCACACAGCUUAACAGACAUCAUAAAAUUCACACUGGAGAGAAACCUUAUAGAUGCAACAAAUGUGGGAAGGCCUUUGGCCAGAAAGCACACCUUACUCAACACCAGACUGUUCAUACUGGUGAGAAGCCUUAUGAAUGUAAUGAAUGUGGAAAAGGUUUCAGCCAAAGAACAGGGCUUAAUGGACAUCUGAGAAUUCACAUUGGAGAGAAACUUUAUGCAGUAUAAUUAAGUUGUGAAGGCCUUCAGGCUGAAAACCAAAUUCCUAUUGGAGAGAAGCUUAAGAAGGUAAAGCCUUAUUAAAUAUAAUUAAUAUAAGGAUAUUUUCAAAGUGCAAAUUUUAUUAAACACACCCUCACAGCAGAGAUUUCUGCCUAAAAUGAAACUAUGUAGACAAAGCAGUUUCCUAAUUAACUUUAUCCUUCCUCAAACUCCCAGGCACUUCCCUUUCCUGUGACUUAGACUUUUAAUCUACUGAGAAAGUUGUGACAGUAUGACAAGAGUCCACUCUCCUUCAUCUUAUUCACAGAGGAAGAAUUACUUCAGUAACAGAGGAAGAUCCUUACUUGCAUUCUCCUACUCUCCAUGUCUAACCAGCUGACCAGUCUUGUCAAGUCUAGCUUCUUUCCACCCUCUUCUCCACUCACAUAAAUAGCAGCUUAGUUCAGGGCCUCAUCACUGCACAAUCUAUUAUACCAGUCUCCCUGCCACCAGUUUCUUUUUGUUCCAAUGCAGUCUUCCCGUAGCAGCCAAAAUCAUCUCUGUGGCGCGUGGGUGUGCACAUCACUACCUGCUUUCAGGGGCUCCCUAUUCCUUAUCUGUUUGGCAUUCACAGCUCUUUGACUCCAGUCUACAUUUCUUUCAUGUUGCAUAUUUUUCUUCAGGCAGUCUGUGGACAAUCAUCCGGCCUCUUCCUCCAAAGUCCCACCUCCAUACUUUGCACAAGCUGCCACCUCACCUCUGGUUCUUGGCAUCCCUACACAAGUGAAAGAAUGUUCCCUGGCCCUUGAGAAUUUCUGGGCUUCCUUCCACUCUGCUCAGAUCCUUCUGGCACGAGUGCUUUCCUGGUUCACCUGGAGCCCCUGGUGCCUUCCUCUUAAACUUAUAUCAGCCUCCUCUGGACAUAGCCUAUGUGUACCUACUUAGAAACACAUUGUCUUUCAUUAGGGCAUGAGCUCCUGGAGGGCAUGGACUCUGCCUUUGCUUUGUGUAGUUCUGUGUUACAGUGAGCAGGAGGUUGGAAGCCUACGGGCCAUAUCAUGACCCCUCAGGUCUACUUAGUUCCUACCUUUCCUGUUUAGGAGAGUUUACACCAUCUCUCUGAGCCCCGUUAGGACAGUUCCUAACAUUUAGGCAGAAGUUGGGUGCUCUGCCUUAAUUCGCAUUUACAUCCAUCUUCAAUUAUCCCCUCACUUCUGUGGUUCAGACAAAAUUCUGGUUGCCAGGAACUUUUGGGCAAAGAAACAGACUCUCUUUCCAUGCUUUUUGAUAGGUCCCAGGAGGGGAAUUUGCGAAGGAGCACACCUUUUCUUGGUACUUUACUCAGCCCUCAAGGUGAGCAGUACUCACUGCUGGUGGCAUUAGCCUCAGCCUUCCGUACUGAGAUCCCUCUAAAGCUAGUGACCUUCCUUCCUGUCUCCUUCCUUCACCACAGGUCAUUCCUCCUUUGUCUUGCUGGUCACCCCAGGGCCGCUGGUUCCUUCCAGCUUAGCUCUUCAUGUGCCCAAUCUUUCCUCUCUGUUGCCAAACCUGCUCUAUUUCUAACUAGCUCCUGAACCCUGGUGCGUGACCAAGCCCCUCACUCAAUCAAAAUAGGCUUCCUGCCAUCCCUAGUUCUGAUUGAUUCAGUCAAGAAGAGUUCUCACCUACUUUGUUUUAAAAUUAAAUUUUUGUAUUUUCAAUUAACCAAGAUCUGCUUUCUCUUCUAUCUCCCCACCCUCCCACUGAAAAAAGGAAGAAAAAUGAAGCCCUUGUAACAAAUAUGUAGUCAAGGAAAACAA